AGUCUAUAUAUGGAAAUUAAUGCGCGAUAACGCUACGGUAUACCUACUGUGAUAACAUGGUGAUAACGCCCUGUUUGGCACUGUGGUUUAGGUUUAGUCAUUUGAACUUCAGUUCAUUGUCUGAUUUUAAACAACAUAGUUCUCAGUAAUAAAUAUAUUCAUAAAUCUGUAUUGAACACUCAUAGUUGCAGAGUAACCAGCAUCAUGACUACGACACAGAAAUUUAGAAAUUUCGUAGAUGAUCCGAUUGGUGACAAGUCUGUGCUCGAGUUACCUGGUAUCGGUGGAAUUCUGGGUACACGAUUGCAAGCAGCUGGCGUGGAUAAGGCUUAUAUUGUACUUGGCCACUAUUUAGUUCUCAAGAAAAACAAGGAGGCGUUUCAAAAUUGGAUGAAAGACACAUGCAAGGCACAACCCAAACAAUCUCUGGAUUGUUACCAGAGCCUUCACGAAUGGUCUGGAAAAUUCUUGAAUUAAUGAGAAUAUUGAACGUACGUUUUUUAUAUUCUUGAUAAAGAUUGAAAUUGGCUUUUUGACUAAAUCUAUUACUGUUUACAAGGUAAAUGUAAUUUACCAAUUACAGUCAUAAAUAAUUUUCACUUGAUAAUGAAUAAAAAUUUUAAGUAAUGUGGGGAAUAGAUUAUUACGAUAAUGGUAGAGAGGGGCUAGAGUGAUACCGCUUGAAAAAGAGCGAGUUUCUCUUGAGAGGCGAUGUUCUGGUUUUUGUGGUUUUUGUGUAGAGAGAGUAAGGAGUUUGUGGUCGGGACAUGAGUGGUAAAGUUUUGUGAUUUCUUGAGAAGACCUGUGAUUGUUAUAAUAAAUAAAUUUCCCACAAA